AGUGAUCAACAUCGUCUAAGUUUCUUCCAAGCUACGUGCUACAGGUUUUACUCUGUGUCGGAAACUUUUUUUUUCUAUCACCCGUGUACGUUUCAAUAUCAAGUAUGGAUACCAGAACCAAAAGCAUCAAAAGUUUUGACCGACGGCUACAUCAGGGACUCACGGGCAUUUUUCGCAGUCUCAACAAGUACCAGAUCGAAAAAUUUCUCCGCGAACCCGAGAAAGCCCACAAAAAUUCUAAAAUAAAGUCCAUCCUGAAGCAAGACCGCCUCAACAGGAGUCACUUUUCGCAAGAUGAGUUCGAAAGACUCUCGCUCCUGUGGAUCGCUGCCUUAGGCGGCUACACGGAUUCCGCCGAGUAUUUAGUGCGUGCGGGUGCAGAUGUGAACCAGCCUUUCGGAUGCCGUCGUCAUGAAUUGCUCAGUGAGGAAUCGACCAUUCUCAACCUGCUGAUUCAGAUGGAUGAUAACACUAGUUCGAGCGAGCGACUCAUUCGUCUGAUCGUGGAUCAUGGCGCCAAUUUAGAAUCUCAGGACGAUAGAGGACGGACCAUCCUGCAUCACGCGGUAAAGCUCGAAAGCAAAUUGAUUGAAUUUUUUCUCCGGAAAGGAGCCAACGCUAAUGCAGCUGACAAUGGAGGUGUCACACCGGUGCUCAUUGCAGCAAGCAUCAAAAAAUCCGCCGAGCUGAUAUCGCUUCUCAUGAAAUAUGGAGCUGAUAUUACUGCUAAAGAUUCGAAAAAUAGAAAUGCCUUGCACUAUCUGGCAAUGCAAUUACGACUCACUAACGAUGAAAAUGUUGACCUGCCGAGAGCGUUAAUCGAGAACGGCGUCUCGCUCGAUGACGAAGAUUACAUUGGCGAGAAGCCAAUACAGACGGCCGCCUCCACAGGAAAGAACGAGCUGGUGAAUAUAUUUUUAGACCACGGCGCAGACGUGAACGCGCAAACAAAAGACGGCUCAUCUCUGUUGAGCAUGGCUGUUCGUUACAGUCAUAACGCUGAACUGACUGAAACUUUGGUCAAACGGGGCGCAAACAUUAGUCUGAGAGACUCUAAUGGUCGCACCGCGUUGCACGCUGCCUGCCUAGCCCUGUUCAACCCUAAUAUGGAAAUGAAUAUCAGGAUACUUCUUUCCGCAGGCGCGGAUGUGCUCGAAGAGGACAAUGAAGGUUGUACGCCUUUCUCUCUAAUAGAUCGCUUCGAAAGGGAGAAUUCUAGCGUCAGGCUUUUGAUAAAAAUUCUGGCGCUGAAGAAAGCUUGCCUGCCGGGAAUCAAUCUAAAAGACGAGAGCAUCAUCGAGCAGUAUUCAGAAAUGUCGAGUUAUUAUCGACAAUGCAUCGAAGAGAUCGAUCAGAUGAAGCUCACCAAGGUUGUCUGGAGCUGCUCAUUCUUUGAUAUACUCAAGAAAAGACAAUGUCAGAUAGCUGAGUUCAUGAGGAAUCCUGAAUUCGAGAGAAAAUUCAGGCUGUUCGACUUGACCAGAUUUCCAACGUACGCCGAGGACGUAGUUCGGGCUUUUAUGCGCGCCCAACAGUGCUAUGAAUCAAUGCUGGACCAGGAGGACCUUAUUAACGAGGCUUUCUAUAACAUGUUGCCCUGGGUGCUCGGGAGGAAGAUGGUUAAAUUUCUUUGCCAAUGUUGCGAAAAUGCAAAAUGAGCCAGCUUUGAUAGAAUGCUGAAAAUCUUCUGUAUAUAGCUCUCUAUAUAUCUCCGAUUAUAUUGUAUUAUAGUGACUCAUCAGUGAAUACUGACACUGUGAGCGCGUGUAUUUAGAACAUCAGUAUAGAGU